AUGAAGUCUCCCAAGGUCAAGACUAGUGCCAACAACACUGGUGGGCCGCGCAAAGUUCAAUUCAAGGAGAGCAACAACAAUUCCGGUGGCUCCUUCCCCGUCACUCAGGGACCGGAGACCUCAACCGCUCCUGCCCCUGGCAACCACGAAGACGUCGAGGAGUCCAGCAACGUUUUCAUCCACACCUCUACCAAUCCUUCUGCCUCGGUUCAUCAGUACCACCCAGGCUACAACCUCCCUCCUCCAACACCUUUCGGCCAGGUCCCUCAACCUGCUUACGGCCCUUUCAUCCCCUCUACCGCGACUCAUCCCGCCUUCACCGCCGAAGCAACAUCUUUCGCGCCCUUUGGCAAAUUCAAUCCGUUCGGACUACAAGCUCCUGCCUACGUAAACAUGGCCGACUACCAGAACGUCGCUCCGCCUCCCGGUGGCCUUCACUUCCAGCCGCCCGUCCCCGACACCACUUACGGCCCCAUGCAGCACGUCUACGUGCCUCGCUUCGACAACGGCGCCCCUCCUCCCUCUUCUGGCUAUGCCUACCAUCAGCCGCCCCCCAACAACGUCACCUACAUCGGCCAGGCCGCUCCCCCCAACCCGCCCAUCAUGAUAGCUCAGCAGCCGGCCAUGCAGCCUGGAAUGGCGUAUCAGACUCCGCCCAUCAUGCUUCAGGGCCAUGCUCCUGUCGCCAUGAACGGUCCUCCUGUUUUUCAGGGACAUGCUCCCAUGGGCAUGGGCAUGAACAUGGGUCCCAACAUGGGCGGUGGCGGCGUUCCCGCGUUUGCAGGUAAUGCCGGUCUUCCUCCUGAUGUCACUGGCUUCGGCAAGACGGCCGGUGAGGUCGCUAUGGAGCAGGCGCAGUUCGCGUAUGCGAACGGCCUCUUCGAGCCUCAGGACUUCAAGCCUGCUGAUGACGACCCGUCUCGCUAUUACCCUGUUCGAGAGGUUGACGGUAAUUGGACUCAGCGCAAUCGUUUCACUAUUGACAACCUCGGCGACUGUCGCUGGUACGUCACCAACGAAGGCUACUUCUACGCCGUCCGCCUUCCCAACUAG